CCACGUUAAAUUAUUGUCUCAAUUUCUUUAUUGCUUCCAUUUGUGUGGGAUUGUGGUGCUCGAAAUUCCCAACAAGUGGUAUCAAAGCUGUUUGUAGAGCUCUUGGUGUUGUGGCGAAAUGGAAGCUGAAGCCAUGAAGUAUUCAAUUGAGCUGUUUGACGGCAAGAAUGACUUUGCUUUAUGGCAAAGCACUGUGAAGGAUGUCCUUACUUGUCAAGGACUUGACGCAGCUCUAGAAGAGACCAAGCCAGCUAAGAUGAAGGAUAGUGAUUGGAGUACUAUCCAGAAGAAGGCAACAAGUCAAAUUCGGUUGGCGAAAUACAACGUCUUUUCAGAGACUACUCCAAUAGGCAUGUGGAAGAAGCUUGAAAAGAUAUAUGCUUCAAAAUCUUUAACCAAUCGGCUGUAUUUAAAGAUGGAGCUAUAUCAAUUGAAGAUGGCAGAAGGCACAAAUAUUCAUAAGCACUUAUCUGAUUUCAACAUGAUGGUGACACAAGUAGUGAAUGCUGGAGACAUUCUAGAAGAAGAGGAGAAGGGUUUGCUUUUACUUGCAUCCUUGCCAAAGUCUUACAAGUCCCUAGUGCAGAGCAUGCUAGUGGGUAAGACUACUUUGGUGAUGAAAUAUGUCACAUCCAUGUUGUUGGAGAAUGAUAAGUUUCUUGGGGAGGAUGAUGGUGCCAAUCAAACUAAUGCUUUGGUGAUGGAGCACUCUCAGGGAAGAUCCAAUGGACGUGGAGAAAUCAAGGGCAAGGGGGAGGCUAAUAUUGUUGAAGAAAAUGUGGUUGAAGUAUUAGCUUGUGAAGAGUGUGAUCCUGAGGUGGAGCAAAACAAUCAAAGGUGGAUUUUGGACUCCGCUGCAACUAUGCAUGUGUGCAAUAAUCCUUCGGAAUUUGUGAGUUUGGUUCGGGGGGAGCUUGGCAAAAUAACAGUGGCUACCGACGAGAAGGUGAAUAUUGAAGGCAUGGGAGAUGUUCGUCUCAAUGUUCACAAUGGGAGAGCCAAGAUUCUCAAGAAUGUGAGAUAUGUGCCCAAGUGUUCAAGCAAUAUUAUUGCUUUGAGUGAGUUGACAACACGAGGGUGCAAGUAUGUCAGAAAGCAAGAAUGGUGCAAGGUCUACAAAGGUGGGAGACUUGUUCUACGUGGAAGGAAGAACAAGCAGAACAUCUAUUUGCUUGAGCAACAUCUCGAGAGAGGGCUUAACAAGAUCAUGAGGAAGAUGGUGUGGAAGCCUAAAGGGAUCUUGGUAGACGGCAAGGAAAUUAAUAAGACCAAGAAGAAGGUGAGCUUUAGCAAUGAAGUAGUGUUUGAUGAUGGUUCGAGGAGGUGCGAUUUUCCCUCGGAUCAUAUCUUAGUUCAAAAUUAAUUUCUGUAAUGCUCCUACUGUAGGUUUGUCCUAUCCUAUACUAGGAGGAAGCUCUCAAAAAUAGGACACCAUGAUGAAGUGUUCCUAAGCAGGGGGAGCAAAAUUAUGGAAUGUUGAAGUGUAUGGAGUCAUGGUUGGUUUCUUCUCCCAUAGGGUUGGAAGGGGAGAUUGUUGGAAGAAAGUCCAACCCCAUGUAUGAACACAUGGACUUUCCAUGUGGAAGUUUGCUUCACUGGCCUAUAAGCCAAUUGUGGGCUAGAUUACUUUGUUGAAAUCAUGCAAGAUUGCAUGUUGACUCAUUUAAUGAGCAAAGAAAAUCAUGGAUGGGUGGUAAUGAAGCAAAGAAAAAUGGUGCAUGGGUGGUUGGGAUUUUUCACUAUAAAUACCCAGGCAUGCAAAGGCAAUGGACAAGCAAGAGUAGGAGAAAGCAAGAGAAAUUGAGUGAGAGCUCUUGUGAGAGAAAAGAAAGAGAUAAAUUGUGAGAAAUCCUUGCGUAGAUUAAGAGGGAGUAUUAGGGAGAAUUUGGGAGUUUCUAUACAUUGAAGCUAGGGUGUUGAGUGCUUCUUGAGUGAGAGAGCUUUUAAAUUAUUGUACUUUUUUUCUUAAUAGUGGAUUUAUUUUUCUCUUUCCCGUGGACGUAGACUUGUUGAGAGGUGUACAAGUCAAACCAUGUUAAAUUAUUGUCGCAAUUUCUUUAUCCUUCUGUUUGUGUGGGAUUGUAGUGCUCGAAAUUCCCAACAAGUAUGCUCAUGACUGCAAUUCUUCAUGUGUUGUGCUGAUCCUAUCAUUUUGCAUCUCUCUCUUCCCCUCUUCCUCCCUUCCAUAGAUUUUUAUUUUUUUUUAAUGAGUAACAAUUGAGUCAGCUUCCAAUGUGCCUUUUCUGUUUGGACAGUCAGGUAAAAAAA